AUGCAUUCUGCAGCCACAAUUCUACAAGUAAUCUUAACCGACAAGGAAAUUCAAUCUUACUUAUGCGAACUACCUGUUUACUUCAAUGAUAUGAUUGCCUUUACAAUUACCUUCCUCUGUGAGGCGACGACGAAAUAUCUAGCCAAUACGUGGAUCGACAAUGUUGAGAUCAACGCCGAAUUGGAUGAACUGGUUCACGUUUUCCACCACAGUGCAGCUAUCAUCCAGCCUAAGCUUCCGUUGGCUGGUGUUAUGAGCAGCAUGCGACAUUUAGUUGGCCGAUUAUAA